AGCAUGUGAUGUGACAACAUUCAGGUAGAGUGAAAUCGUGAAAUGGUUCUUUAACAAAAACAUUGUGAAAUACGUGCUCAGUCUUUGACAAAUUAUGGAGCCAGAAUAGUUACGAUUUUGACGAAAUGCCGCCUACAGAAGGCGAGAAGGGUACUUUUGUCAAUGGCGAAAAAGAAACCGUCGAAUCUAUGCAACAGAAGGAUUUAUAUGAAACUCUAGCAGUCGAUAGAGAUGCAACUCCUGAGGAGAUCAAGAAAGCUUACCGAAGGAUGGCUCUCCUUCACCAUCCUGAUAAGAAUCCAGAUGACCCCAUGGCAGCAGAUAGGUUUAAAAUAAUUAGUCAUGCAAAUACAAUUUUAUCAAAUCCAAGCAAAAGGCAGAUCUAUGAUGAAUAUGGAAAUAUGGGCUUGUACAUAGCUGAACAAUUUGGAGAUGAGAACGUGAAAUUGUAUUUCCGCUUGAACAGUGUUUGGUGCAAGGCUGCGUUCAUAUUCUGUGGGUUGAUUACCGGAUGCUACUUCUGCUGCUGUCUUUGUUGUUGUUGCGGUUGCUGUUGUGGCAAAUGUAAACCUGCCCCCCCUGAGGAAGAUUGCGAAGAUUUCCCCCCCGGCGAAGACGAAGAAGACACAAUCACGACUCAACCAACAUCGGCUACCUCCCCCGUCUCUGGAGGGGAAAAUGGUAAAAAUGAACCAAUCGUGCUGGGUCCGCCACCUUCCGAGAAACCUUCACCCGCUCCUCCGGACGAAAAGACGGGUCUGAAUAGCAGUUAAGUUUAGAAUAGUUAUGAAAAUGAAAUUGUUUGAUAAAAAAAACCCGAACAAGUGUGGUGUUUUUUAUCAAACGAUGGGAAUGCCAAUUGUCUUCAGAAGAAGCGAAACAUAAUAAUGUCGGUCUACGCCGCUCUCAAAGUUAUCAAAUUUUCUCACUACAGCAGGCUCAGUUUUUUCAGUGAAUCACAGCGAAGAAUCUGAAGCUCUCUUUUUCUUCUCACUAAAACCGCUGGCCUUAAUUUUGCAAAAGAUACCGGCUGACAAUAUGAGCCUGCACGUUUGGGAAAAUUACCGUUUCCCCGCUCCUUCCACUGCUGCAUCCAUCCCAGUGAAUGACGAAUAUAAAAUAUCUCACCGACAUUAUUAUAUUCCAUUUUAUGCAACCGAAGUGUUUGUCAAAACGUGAUGACAAGGCAAUUGCUUCUAGGAUGCUAAAACCCCCAUUCCUAAUCAGUUUUCUGAUUAACAUAGUCUAAAUUAAUAGCUUAGCUUCUGUGAGCUGACUUGGCUUCAAACUCGAAACGCGAGAUGUUACACGUAUUUUGAUUGAACUUGAAAUUGAGACAAGUUGUUGCCACGCCAUGCAACUUCAUGCAACAUUAGUUUUUCAGCAUUUGAUCUCGGUUGGAUAGGGCAGUCGUGCAGUCAUCUCGACAAUAGCAUGAGCUUGUUUGGUGUCUUAAAGACUUAUUUCAAUACCUCAAAGUCAUCUCACACUUCGUUGAAUCUCGGCUAAGCGGGAUUAUGUAAACAGCCCCUUACAAACACGAUACCUUCUCCUUAGUAUUUUUAUCACACGACUAUUCUUAUUAGAUAAAAAAAAUACUUCCGCUAUCAUUCAAGCAAGCCUACGGCGGACACGAUAUACAAUGUAUUUAAUUAAUGAUUAUAUUUUUGUUGAACAAUUUUGUGUCAAAAUUCAACUGUCAAUUAUAGUAUUAGCUAUGAUUGAUGUUCUCUAGAAACAAUGAUGAAACAGCUGUCAUAUCAAUUAAAUGUAUAUGAAUUUG